GCUGCUGCUGUCUUCAGGACGCUUGCUUCUCAAGGAUAGAAUUUCAUGGACGCUUUAACUGCGCUGUCCCCAUAGGUUGCCAACUGAACCAAUUCAACAGUGGAAUGCACGACAAUUGUGCAACAAAACGAGAGAGUACUCUGGAAUUUGAGUGAGAGAGGUGCAGAGGGUGGCCAUGGCGGCGACGACCGACUGGGGACCGAUCAUCGCGGCGGUGGUGCUGUUCAUCCUUCUGUCACCGGGGUUCCUGUUCCAGUUGCCGGCGAGGGCGAGGGUGGUGGAGCUGGGCAACAUGGGCACCAGCGGCCUCUCCAUCCUCGUCCACGCCAUCCUCUACUUCUGCAUACUCACCAUCGUCGUCGUCGCCAUCGGCGUGCACGUCUACUCCACCAAACCUGAUCCGAUCGAUUAGCAUACACAUAUAUAAGCAUGCAUAUUUGUGGUGUGCAAAUAGUAGAGAUGGGCAUUUAUAGAAUAUAGUGUGUGUAUGGAUAAUCGACAAAAAUAUCAGUGGUGAUAGCUAGUGUUCUUUGUGUUCCAUUUUCCUUCCUUCGGAAUCUUUUUCGAAGUAUGUUUAAUUAUUGCUUUUUUCUUUCCUGUUUUCUUCUGUAACAAUAUUUUAUAUUCAUGUGUGUCUUCUGUGA